AUGUCGAAAGAAUCAAUGAGAGUUCAGAUGGAGAAGUUGAUAAGACAGAAGCAAAAGGAGAUCUGUGCGGGUCUCGAAUCUGUUGAAACCAAGAAAUUCCAUCCUGAUGAAUGGAAAAGAGGUAAAAAUGGCGGAGGAGGAAGAUCAAUGGUUUUGGCAGAUGGCUCGACUUUUGAGAAAGCCGGUGUCAACAUUUCUGCCGUUUACGGUGUUCUUCCACCAGGUGCUAUCACCAGAAUGAAAGCUGACCAUAGAAACAUUAAGACACAAGAUGACGGUACUGUUAAGUUUUUUGCCUGCGGUUUGUCCAUGGUGAUCCAUCCUUGGAACCCACAUGCCCCAACCAUUCAUUUGAACUAUCGUUACUUUGAGAUAAUGAACCCUGACGAUUCUACUCAAACUUGGUGGUUUGGAGGAGGCGCUGAUUUGACUCCUUCUUAUCUUUAUCCUGAGGAUGCUAAAAUGUUUCAUGCAAAGCACAAGGCUGCAUUGGAUCCUUUCGGAAAGGAUUUGUACCCAAAAUUCAAAGAAUGGUGUGACAAGUACUUCUGGAUUGAUCACAGAAGUGAAGCCAGAGGUAUUGGAGGUAUAUUCUUUGAUGACUUUGAUGAACUUCCAGCCCAAGAGUGUUUGAAGAUGUGCGAGAGUUGUUUUGAUGCAUUCAUUCCUUCUUACGUUCCAAUUAUCGAAAAGAGAAAGGAUAUCAAGUAUACCCCAGAAGAGAAGCAAUGGCAGCAGGUCAGAAGAGGUAGAUACGUUGAGUUCAAUUUGGUCUAUGAUAGAGGUACUAAAUUUGGCUUACAGACCCCUGGUUCUAGAGUUGAGUCUAUAUUGAUGAGUAUGCCCAAGACUGCCACCUGGUUAUACGACUACGAGCCUGAAGAAGGUUCACGAGAAGCCGAAUUGUUGAAGGUUACCAGACAUCCAAUCAAAUGGGUUUAG